UAAGUGCUUAUGCAUAUAUAGAAUUAUUAGGGGAGGCAUUUUAGUGUGUUUUAUAGUAUUGGUGCUUUAAAAUAUUUACAGUCAUUAGAUCAUGUUCAAACUAUAUCAGUCAUUAGAUUUUAUUAAAUUAUUAAUAUAUUAUUUUAUUUGUAUAUGGACAACCGGUACAACCGGGAAUUCUCUUAUCCUUCUCCUCUCCACGCAGAUCCGAAACCUUCUUCUCACCGCCGAUCUCGUCGUCGCCAUUCUUCCUUCGAUCCUCUUCCUUCGAUCUUGUCGCCGUCAUUACCUCUCCCUAUUCGAAUGCUGCUAGCCAGAUUCUGACGACGACAGUGAAGGCGACAAGCAGGGGGUGACGACGAGAAGAAGAAGCUCGUUGAUUGCAGCAUCUCUUUGACUGCGGCUAGCCGGAUUCCAACGACGACAGUGAAGGCGGCGAGCAGGGGACGACGAGGCGAGCAUCUCUACAUCGAUUGUGUUUCAUGGAAAAGGGGAUUGCAGCACCUCGUCUCCUCCAUUACCUCUCCCUAUUCACCUGCACAGAACCCCCUCUUCGCAUCGAUAGCAAACGAAGAACGCUGACCUACCUCCUCCACCGCAACAUUUUCCGGUUAGUAUGCCUAUUAGUUCUACAAUUUUAUUCGAUUUUCCAGUUAGUAUGGCUAUCAGUUUAGGGAUUAUAUUGGGAUGUUCUAGAUUUACAAAUUUCGGUAGGGGGAUUGAAAUUCCAUGCUCGUUUUAGGUUUAUGAGUUUAAUUGGUCAUGUCCUUUUACCAGGUUGAUGUCCUUGUACUAUCUUCUCUGUGUUUAGCUUGACUAAUCACUGAUCCAUUCCAAUUCAAAAAUGACGAAUCAGUCAUCCAGUCCAUGUAAGUGGCAGAACUUCUGAUCCCCUUGAUAGACAUUUGAUUUCUGACAUGGGUUAAAGUUAGAUUGUGUAAAUAACUUGUUGUUUUUCAUGAUCUGUGUUAGCUUUAUCCACUCUCUCAAUUCCAUGCUUUUAUUUCCAAUUCCACGAAAUGGAUCAAUAGAUUGCUUUGUGGGAAAUGAUUUCUCCCUGUAGUUUACUAUUGGUGGUACUUCAGUUUAGUAAAACCGUUCACGUUUGGUCACUCUCCGUCAAAUUCUGUUAACUUUUGCUUAUGUGGCGGUCAACUCUAAAAUUUGACCGUCAAAUGUGUGAUGUGACAAUUUAAAAUUAAUAAAAUUAAAUUUUUUGAAAUUACUAUCUCAUUUACACCUCAUUAUCACUUUUAUUUAAAAUAAAAAACCCUAAUUUCUUUUAAUCCCCAAUACCCACCUCUCUCACAACACCCGCCACUGGGAAUCACUCUCCCCAACGAGCUCCACUUCAUCCCGGCGGCCGCAUCUCAAGGUCAGGCUUAGAGCUCAAUGCAUGUUCCCAUGCCAAGGUAAUUGCUACCCAUUUCAGUUCAAAUUAGGGUUUCUUCGUAAUGAGAUGAAAGUUUUUGAAUUUAUCAAUUGAAUUGAAAGACUGGCAGAUGGCAGUGCGGCAGCAGGUGGAGUAGUGCGAGAUAGCGUGGGAAGGUUCAUACAGGCUUAUGCAGCUAAUCUUGGGGGGUGGAUCGAUAACCCAUGUCGAGCUCGCAGGAAUAAUGCACGGGCUGAGGAUCACUUGCGAAGCAGGAUUUCACCAUGUUGUGGUUCAGACGGAUUCAACGACAGGCAUUGAUCUUAUCCGGCCGGCUCCAGAGAGACAUCCGCAUAGCACUUUGGUCUCAGAGAUUCGUCGCUGGCUGGGAAAAGAUUGGGAGGUGCAGGUCGUGCAUGUUUUCCGAGACGGUAAUUUUGUUGCGGACUAUUUAGCCUCUUUGGGCCACUCGUUGCCAAGGGGCGUCCACAGGUUCGUUAAUCCGAGCGCUACGCUCAGAUAUUGGCUGUACUUUGAUGCCAUUGGGGUUCAAACCCCUCGUUUUAUUAAUGAACAAGGGUUAGGGUGCCCCUUGCACCCUGUUCCUCACCAAAAAAAAAAAGACUAGCCUGCGCGCAGAUGGUGAUGACGACGUCGACGGGUGGUCGAAUGACGUGGUGGAAACAAACUUAGGGGUCGUUUGGAUUUGAGGUUUUAAUAACGAGGGAUUUCAAUUAAAAUCUCUCGUUUAGAAAACCAGGUUAUUUAAUUGUAGGAUUUACAAGAAAUAUCCUGUUUGGUUAUGGAUCCAGAAUUUUAAUUUAAAAGUUGAAGUUCAGUUUUGCUCUUCUUCUUCCUAUCUUCCUCCGCUCCUCCUUCAUCGUCGACGCUAUACAACCUUACCCAAACCCAGAAAAUACGAGGUUCCCUUCACUCAUCUUCAGCCACCGCCACCAAAUCUCAAACCCAAAACCCACCAGUCAAGACCCAAAUCACCACUGAUCGGAGAGGUUGCAUGUCCCGGAAGAGAGUUGGGUUCAUCGACGAGGUUUGUGAGGAAUAGUGUGGUCGGCGGUUUCGAUUCCUCUUCUGAUUCGCAGCUCCCAGAUUACAAAUUGACGAACAAGAACCAAUAACCCUACAACUUUAAUCGACGAACAAGAACCCUCCUUCGAUCUCUUCUUUUCACGGGAAAAAAAUAAACAACCAGACAGAUCUGAAAUCGAUUUUUCGGGCAUCCUCAUGAACAACCGGCGCCCUCAUUAGUAUUCAGCGUCCGGAGCCAUCGGCGCCCUCGCCAAUAUUCAGCACCCUCGCCCGUCGCCUGUAUCCUCAUGAACUCCGGCGUCUUCGAAUCUCCGACAUUCUCGCAAGAUCGCCGACGUCCUCGCAAGAUCGCCGACCUCGGUCGUGUCGAUUUUCUCCCGCACAAGCGCCUGCUGCUAUCUUCUCUUAUGGCAAUGCGAUUGGAAGGGGUCAGGAGGGAGAAGAAGAUGAUGUCGGCUCUCUUAAGGGGGGAUGAGGGGAUUGGUCGGAGAAAAGAAGGAAGAAUAAGAUGGAAUAAGAAGUUGGAACGUAGGUGAAGCUGAUCUGAGAAGAGAAAUAACAUGGAAUGGAGGAGGGUAGGCCAUGAAUGUCAAAGUGGAUCGACAAGGUUUAGAGGAAAUCAUCAUCAUCAAGUUCAGUUUAAUGUCAAUGUGUGUUUAGACUUUAGUUUGAAUUAAUGUCUUUAUCUUUGUAGUCUCCAAAUGCUAGCUUGCACAUGUUGUCUUGUAGUGCAAAGCUUUUGCCUAUUUAAACCCAAGUAUGAAUGAGAAACACCCAAGGCUUAGGGUUUCAUUUCCCCCAACUCAUCUUUGUUGUUAUGGUAUCAGAGCCUCUAGAUCCAAGAGAACCAUAAAAACCUUCUACUCACAAAAAUAAGGACUAUGUCCAAGA